UCUUUUCCGUAGCCGACAGUGUGACGCUCCUUGGGGGGGUGGGGUGCAAAAGUGCUCGCGUCCGCAACCGCAAGAGCAAUGGCGACGGCCGGUAGUGGAGGAGGUGGGUCGGCGGUAGAAUGGCAUCUGAGGCUCUCAAAUCCCAAGAAUCCGAUCGUCUUCUUCGACGUCACUAUCGGCACCAUACCCGCCGGGAGGAUCAAAAUGGAGCUCUUCGCGGAUAUCGCCCCCAGAACGGCCGAGAACUUCAGGCAAUUCUGCACUGGUGAAUACAGAAAAGCAGGGAUCCCGGUAGGUUAUAAAGGCUGCCAGUUUCAUAGGGUUAUCAAGGAUUUUAUGAUCCAAGCAGGUGAUUUUGUGAAGGGUGAUGGCAGUGGAUGUGUAUCCAUCUAUGGCAGCAAAUUUGAAGAUGAAAACUUUGUCGCAAAGCAUACUGGCCCUGGUCUUUUAUCUAUGGCAAACAGUGGUCCUAACACUAAUGGAUGCCAGUUUUUCAUAACAUGUGCUAAAUGCGACUGGCUAGACAACAAGCAUGUUGUUUUUGGGAGAGUGCUUGGAGAAGGUUUGUUGGUUGUCAGGAAGAUUGAGAAUGUCUCAACGGGCCCCAACAAUCGACCAAAGCUUGCCUGUGUAAUAAGUGAGUGUGGUGAGAUGUAAAUCUCAGCAUGACUUGACAAUGUACUUUUUAUUUGUAGCCUAAAGUGGUGCACAAUAUGUAAGUCUCGUCUAGCUGUGAGUGCACCAAAAUUUGAGUCUAGCCUUAUGCCAAUCCAUAAUCCUGUGGGUAUUAACUAUUAUCCUUAGAUCACUAGCUCUAGAAAAAGCUUUCUUGCAGAAGUAAUCUGCUUCCUCGAAAAUGAAGAAAAAGAAUGGAAAAAUAUCCUUGUAUCAGACUUGUGAACUGCCUUCAUGAGGAGUACCUUUCAUUAUCUUGAAGUACAUUUUGGAUAUUUGAGAAUACUGAAA